CCCGGGCUGUCAGCCCCGAGAACGGCGAAAAUGCUGGAAGCAGAUCUGGUUUCCAAGAUGCUGCGGGCUGUUCUGCAGUCUCAUAAGAAUGGGAUCGCGUUGCCCCGGCUGCAAGGAGAAUAUCGCUCCUUGACUGGAGACUGGAUCCCCUUCAAACAGCUGGGCUACCCUACGCUGGAAGCCUACCUGAGAAGUGUGCCAGCGGUGGUCAGGAUAGAGACCAGUAGGUCUGGAGAGGUCACUUGCUAUGCCGUGGCCUGCACAGAAACCGCGAGAAUCGCUCAGCUUGUGGCUCGUCAGAGAAGCUCUAAAAGGAAAACCGGGCGGCAAGUUAAUUGUCAAAUGAGAGUGAAGAAAGCCAUGCCAUUUUUUCUAGAAGGAAAACCAAAAGCAACCCUCAGGCAGCCAGGGUUUGCUUCAGACUUUUCUGUCAGCCGAAAACCAAGUCCAACCCUGUUCAGAGACCAAGGCCACACUGUAGGAGUGAAGACCAGCGUCGAGUUGCAGCCCACGGCUGCUGGAAACGAGCUGUUCUCGAAUGCUGCCGUGCAGAGGCCCAUGACCAUGUCUGCCAAUAGCAGGCUUAGUCCUAAGGUUUCGCUGUCACCGUCUUUACAAAUGCACCUUGCAAGAACCUGCACUAAGGAGGAGAUGAGCGAUAAUUUAAAUCAGACUGUUGAAAAACCAAAUGUCUCGCCUCCUGCCUCUUACACUUCUAAAGUGGAUGUGGUUCAAAACCGCAUAAAGGAAAUACUAAGCAAGCACAGCAACGGCAUCUGGAUCUCUAAGCUUCCACACUUUUACAAAGAAUUGUAUAAAGAAGACCUUAACCAAGGAAUUUUACAGCAGUUUGAACACUGGCCUCACAUCUGCACGGUGGAAAAGCCCCACAGUGCAGGCCAGGAUUCACUUCUUUAUCCAGCCAAGAGAAAGCAGCCAUUGCGAGGUGACUCAGACGCUGAGAAAGCACCCUUGUCCCUGCCACCCUCACCGAAGCCAGCAACAUCAGUGAGAGGAAGUGUGGUGGUUAUGCCUGAGGACUUUAAAGAGAAAGUUGCAGAGCUGUUGGGGAGGUACGCCAGCGGGCUGUGGGCCAGCGCACUCCCCAAGGCGUACGAGGAUGCCUACAAGGUGAAGUUCCCUGAGGAGGCCUUGAACAACCUGGCCCUGCUGGUUGACAUAUGCACUGUGGACUACAUCUCAGGAAACCCACAGAAGGCCAUUCUCUAUGCCAAACUCCCCACGCCUGCCAACAAGACCCCAAAUGAGGCAGGACAAGCCCAGGGCAACUAUGAUAUCAAGACCAUGAUUGAACAGGAGUACUUGCAGAUAGAGGAGAACAUAGCCAAGAGCGCCGAGGGCUGUAUGGAGGACGUGAAGGUGCCACCACUGGUCAUCCCCACUGAGGCCUCUCCAUCUGUGCUGGUGGUGGAGCUGAGCAACACGAACGAAGUAGUGAUCAGGUAUGUGGGCAAAGACUAUUCUGCCGCCCAGGAGCUGAUGGAAGAUGAGAUGAAGGAGUACUACAGCAAGAACCUAAAUGUCAUGCCGGUCCAGGCCGUGCAUGUGGGGCAGCUGCUGGCCGUCAACGCAGAGGAGGACACCUGGUUACGGGCACAGGUCAUCUCCAUGGAAGACAGCAAGAUAAAGGUAUGCUAUGUUGACUAUGGUUUUAGUGAAAAUGUUGAAAAGAGCAAAGCAUACAAAUUGAAUUCCAAGUUCUGUUCACUGUCGUUCCAAGCAACUAAGUGUAAGCUGGCAGGACUGGAAGUGGUGAGCGAUGACCCUGACGUGGUGAAAGUUGUUGAGUCCUUGACCUGUGGGAAAAUCUUCGCGGUGGAAGUGCUCGACCAGUCUGAAAUCCCGCUGGUGGUACUGUACGACACCUCGGGAGAAGAUGACAUCAACAUCAAUGCUACCUGCCUGAAGGCCGCAUGUGACAAGUCCCUGGAAGUUCAUCUUCAGGUGGACGCUAUGUACACCAACGUCAAGGUGACAAACAUUUGCUCGGAUGGAACCCUCUACUGCCAGGUGCCUUGCAAGGGUCUGAGCAAGCUCACUGACUUGCUGCAUAAGAUAGAGGACUACUUCCACUGCAAGCAUGUGACCUCGGAGUACUUUAUCUCGUUGCCCUUCUGCGGGAAGAUCUGCCUCUUCCACUGCAAAGGAAAAUGGCUGCGCGUGGAGAUCACGAAUGUCCACAGCAGCCGGGCUCUUGAUGUUCAGUUCUUGGACUCUGGCACCGUGACAUCUGUGAAAGUGUCGGAACUCAGGGAAAUUCCUCCUCGAUUCCUGCAGGAGAUGAUUGCAAUUCCACCCCAGGCUAUCAAGUGCUGCUUAGCGGAUAUCCCACAGUCAAUGGGCAUGUGGACACCCGACGCUGUGCUCUGGCUGAGAGAUUCCGUCUUGAAUUGCUCGGACUGUAGCAUUAAGGUCACCAAAGUGGAUGAGGCCAGAGGGAUCGCUCAUGUCUAUUUAUUCACUCCCAAGAACUUCCCCGACCCUCACCGCAGCAUUAACCGCCAGAUCACAAAUGCAGACCUUUGGAAGCACCAGAAGGACGUGUUCCUGAGCACCAUGUCCAGCACGGCCAGCAUUCCCAGCAGCAGGAAUGGCAACCUGCCCACCCCAGGCAACACAGGCGAGAGUUUCCAAAAGAACCUGGUGGACAUUAUCAAGAAGUCCGUGGUGGAGUGCACCAGCCCCUUCUCGGCGGAGGAGCUGCCGCCGCCCGUGGACCUGUCCAAGCCCGGUGAACACAUGGAUGUGUAUGUGCCUGUGGCUUGUCACCCAGGCUACUUCGUCAUCCAGCCCUGGCAGGAGAUUCACAAGCUGGAGGUCCUGAUGGAAGAGAUGAUUCUGUACUACAGCGUGUCCGAGGAGCGCCACGUCGCAGUGGAGAAAGACCAAGUGUAUGCGGCCAAAGUGGACAAUAAGUGGCACAGGGUGCUUCUAAAAGGAAUCCUGACCAAUGGACUGGUAUCUGUGUAUGAGCUGGACUACGGCAAGCACGAACUGGUCAAUGUAAGGAAAGUGCAGCCCCUGGUAGACAUGUUCCGGAAACUGCCAUUCCAAGCCGUGACUGCACAGCUUGCAGGAGUGAAGUGCAGCCAGUGGUCCGAGGAGGCUUCCAUGGUGUUCCGGAAUCAUGUGGAGAAGAAACCUCUGGUGGCCUUGGUGCAGACGGUCAUUGAACACACUCACCCUUGGGACCGGAAAGUGGUGGUUUAUUUGGUAGACACAUCGCUGCCAGACACUGACGUCUGGAUUCAUGAUUUUAUGUCAGAGUAUCUGGUAGAGCUUGCAAAAGUUAAUUAAUCACUGCUUCCGAGACCUUGACAACUAAUUUAGAUUUUUUUUUUUUUUUAGCAAUAACAAAAUGUGGUAGGCUUUAAAAAAAUCUUAUUUCUGCUACAUGGCUCUAAUUGCUGUGGGAGAUUGCAAAAAAAUAUGCUAUGUUUGAUGAAAGAUAUUUAACAAGUUUUGUUUUAACAAAGUUGGCUUUUCAAAAAAAAUUGCACUUGAAUUAUUACUAUAAUAUUAGAAUAAAAUGUUUAUCAUAUAAA